UCCCAGACUUCAACUUCUUUGGUUAACCCUCUAAUUUCAUAUCAACUAAUUCGUUAAAAAAAAGUUCUCAAAAUGGACCGAAAGGGAUCUUCUGGGUCGUCAAAAUCUAAAUCAAAGCAAAAGAAAUUGAAACCCAAUAAGGAGUCAAGCACGCAUUUGGAUGUCGAUCUAUGGGAGGAUAAUGAAGACCGUUUCACUUCCAUUGAAUUGCCUGCGGGUCAAAAAAUGCCCUAUAAUAGUGCACCAGCACCACCUACACCCAAACCUGCCAAAGUGGAUAAACAAGCAACGGGUAAAGCUGCUGCAACCAUGACUUCAGUACCCACAGUUGCUACAUUACGCGAUGUGGACUCACAUGCCGCUCUAUUGACUCUGGACGUCACAGCUCCAAGUGAAGCGAAUGAACCAGAAAGAGGCAAUUGGACGGGACGUUUCGAUUUCUUGCUCUCCCUGUUGGGUUAUUCAGUGGGCCUAGGAAAUGUUUGGCGUUUUCCAUAUUUGUGUUAUAACAAUGGAGGAGGAGCCUUCCUGAUACCCUUCACCAUUAUGUUAAUUAUCGCUGGCCUUCCGCUCAUGUUUAUGGAAUUAUCAUUUGGCCAAUACGCCGCCCUGGGACCAGUGGCCAUCUAUCAACGAUUUUGUCCCUUGCUUUCUGGCUUGGGUACGGGCAUGAUCAUCGUAUCGGCCAUAGUUAUGCUGUACUAUAACCUAAUUAUUGCAUGGACUAUAUUCUACAUGUUUGCCUCGUUUCGCACCAAGCUGCCUUGGGAGGCUUGCGAGCCCGAGUGGAGCACUGAACAUUGCUAUUCCUACGAGGAGGCUGACGAAUGUAGUGCCAUUAAUGGGACUUUCUAUCUAAGGAAUUGCUACAAUGCCUCGUAUGCCGAGGAGCACAAUAUAUCAGAAUUGGCUCGCCUCUUUAAGAAAACACCUGCAGCGGAAUAUUUUGACAACUAUGUCUUGGGUCUGUCGUCGGGUAUUGAGGAACUUGGUACGGUGAAAUUAUCCUUGGCAGCCUGUUUAUUUUGUGCCUGGGCUAUAGUGUUUUUGUGCCUGUGCAAGGGUGUGCAAUCUUCCGGUAAGGUGGUAUAUUUUACCGCCCUCUUCCCCUAUGUGGUCUUGGUGAUAUUAUUUUUCAGAGGAGUAACUUUGCCUGGAGCUGCCGAAGGUAUUUGGUAUUAUAUAACACCCAACUUCAGUAAAUUAACCGAUCCAAAGGUUUGGGGUGAUGCUGCAGUACAAAUUUUCUUUGCCUUAAGUCCUGCUUGGGGUGGCUUAAUUACUCUUUCUUCUUAUAAUAAAUUUUCCAAUGAUUGUUACAAGGAUUCACUUAUUGUGGCCAUCAGUAAUAUAGCCACCUCUUUUUUUGCUGGCAUGGUUAUAUUCUCCAUCAUUGGCUUUUUAGCCCACGAACUUAAUAUGGAAGUGCAAGGUGUCAUGAAUGAGGGUCCAGGUCUGGCCUUUGUUGUAUAUCCAGAGGUUGUUACCCGUUUGCCCGUCUCCCCGGUAUGGGCGGUGCUAUUUUUUGUAAUGCUCCUAACAUUGGGCUUGGACUCGCAGUUUGCCCUUAUGGAAACCGUUACUACUGCCAUUUUGGACAAAUUUCCAAAUUCACGACAAUAUAAAACAUGGGUUGUGCUUUUUGUGGCCAUAUUUGGUUAUAUUGGCGGUUUAGGUUUUACAACAAAUAGUGGCAUGUAUUGGCUACAAUUAAUGGAUACAUAUGCCGCCAACUGGUCAGUUUUAUUGAUUGCCAUCUCAGAGUGUAUUCUCAUUACAUGGGUAUAUGGCUCGCAGAAUUUCUUGAAUGAUAUUCAGGGAAUGAUUGGACAACGCUCUAAAUUCUGGAAUUGUUUUUGGUCUGGUAUGUGGCGAUUUGUGACGCCGGCAGCAUUAUUGUUCAUUUUAAUCUUCAAUUGGGUUACACAUGAACCCCUUAAAUUUGGUGAAUAUAUAUAUCCCCUAUGGGCCGAAGUAGUUGGCUGGGUUAUUGGUCUCAUUCCUAUAACGGUUGUCAUACUGGUGGCAAUUAAACAAAUCUGUGAUGGUCCUGAACACUUGGGUAUCAAAGAUCGAAUUGUAUUCUUGCUGAAGCCCACAGAAGAGUGGGGCCCUGCGGGAAGACCCUGCCUGUAUCCCGAUCGUUAUCAAAAUGAAAAUACUGCCAGUCUAAUGGAAGGCGGUUUAGGCGAGGCUCUACCAUUCGAAGAUAAUGGCACCACUUUUGGUACCGGCAACAAUCAUGGUCAUGGUGGUGAUGGUGAUGGUGGCAACAGUGCUGUUUGUAGUCAAAAAGAUGCGAUGCAACUCUGAGAGCGAGUUAUGGCAUCCACAUCAACAUUUGCUUCAAAACAAAGUACUGAUGCCACUGCUAGAACCAUGGCCACAGCAACUUCCAAUAUAAAUGGUAAAAAUGAAACAAAACCCCUAAGAGGAAAUAAACCUGAUACAACGCCUAUGGUGGCCAUCAAGACCGCAACCUCCACCACAUGUCAGCCCGGGCCUAGUAUAUUAAAGUCUAGUUCUAGUAAACUGUUAGAUGCUGGCAAACCACCGCCCGAAAUAAGUCCCAGCAAACAACCUCUUAUACAAGGUGAGCUAAGGGCCAACGAUAGUGUGGUAUCCUUUCUUAAUGAGAAGACAACACCCUUAGCCACUGAAUCCAUUAACGAUAAAGUAACCAAAAUAACUGCCACUAUAGUGUUGCCUACCACUGCGGCCACAUCAAUAACAACACAAUCGAAAAUUCUGAUACCAACAACGACAAGUGCAACAAAAUUGGUGAUAGCCGGUACGGCAGAAAGUGGCCGAGAGCUUAGGGCCCUGACCUCGUUUGCCACAACAACUGCCAAGCCCACAAUAACCGACAUAGUUAACACGAAAGCCUCAAACGCGGGCAAUUCGACAAUUACUACAAAUGCUAUCAAUGGUGGGGUUUUGCCGUCCACCACAUACGUCACAGCCGUUAAGUCAACGGGACCUCCGGUGACUUCAGCGGCCACAAGGCCAAUAACCGAGUCAGCAACAGCAUCCCUGGCAAUGGGCAAACCACUGACAACGGCGCCUGCUAUAACCAAAGCCACCAUAGUGAAAACAGAACCUGGGGGAGGAAAUAAAAUCCAAACACAAGUGGUAUCAACGGCCGAACUAAGCCUUACAACGACUACAAAACAAACAUCAGUUGCGAAUUGCAUAAUGAAACCAUCGCUGCAGACGCUGACAACUGGCUCAACUGUAGUCACAAAAUCGAGUGAUCAAACCCACAAAAAUGCUGCCAUUAAAACUACCACCAGCUCCACUGCAACAAGUGGUGUAGCAGCGGUGAGUAACAACAACAACAAUAAUCAACAACCAAUAAGUGCUUCAAACAUGGCGCCAAUAAGCAAAAUGUCGUCUGUGCCGAUAGCAAGUACAAUUGCCACAACUGCUGCUAACAAAGGUUUAGCCACAACUAUAAAUUUACCCACCACCACAUCAAUAGCCGAAGCUCAAUUAUCAUCUGCAUCAACAAUUGUUAGGCCUACUACUUUGGUAGACUCAAGUAGUUCAUUUACUUUACCUUCUGUAUCAAGUUCUAGUGCAAUAUCAUCAAAAACCGUAACACCGUCUUCUACGAAGACCUCAAUUUCUGGAGCACCAUCAACAAUAGCGGCAACUUCAACGAAAAUCGUUACUUCCGUAGUCCCAACAUUGGGUCAAAUUAAAACGACUACUCCGACAACUGCAAUGGCAUCUAAGUCAACUAUCGGUUCAGUACUGCCAUCCUCCACUGGCGUAGCUUCAAAAACUUCGCAAUCAAUUGUUGGGACUUCAGGUUCAGUAACAACCACUCCUCAAUUAACUACAUCUAAAUCCACGACUACAUCAGGGCAGUCGUUAAAGGGCGCAUUGACUACUGUCGCAACCACAACUAAGACGCCUACAACUACAGUCACAGCGACAACAUUAGCACAGUCUUCAAAAGAAACAACAGCAAGAACUACUUCGCAAUCAGCAACAGUGACAACUAAGCCAGCAACUGUUUCAAUAACUACAACAACACCGCCAUCAACUGUUGCAACAUCUAAGAGAACUGCUGCAGUGCCAUCUUUACAAGGUCCGCAAACAUCUACUGUGAGUUCUAUUAGCACAGCUACAUCUGCAUCUUUAACUUUAACUGCAGCGGCAUCUAAGUCAUCUAUCACAUCAGGUCAGUCGUUGAAAAUAUCAACUACCAGUGCUGCAACAAAAUCUUCUACACCUACAACUACUUCUAUGGCUCAGACAACUUUAACGACUUCGAACAGCAAAGCAAUCUCUACGGCCACAGCUGCUAAGCCACAAACGAUGACAACACAGCAAAGUACCACCAGAACAUCAACUGCAACACCGUUGGCUACCAACGCUUCAAUUGUAACUAAAACUGCAGUUACGGCAACAACAUGCUUACCACAAACUUCUGCAAAAGCUACAUUAGCUCAAUCCACCAUUGCUGCCACAGUGACCAACACCUUUGCCGCAACAGCCGCAAGCGUUAAACCUGCCCCCACAAAAAUUGCCAAGACAUCGGUUGUGACGGCCAAUGAUAAGCCCAUCGCUACAACUACCAUACAAAAACCUACGACAUUUUCGACGACGUUAACAAAAACUACAAAUGCAAAUGCCACAACCUCCCCAGCAAGUGGCAAAACUGUUACAACACCUGCAUGCACAGCAACCACAAAAGCAGUAACCUCAUCUGGGUCCUUACCAUCUGCAGCAACAACACCUCAGCAGUCGGCAACAAGUAGUAGCACGAAAGCUUCGACUACAACAAAAGCUACAGCUACAAGUUCAACGACGACAGCUUCAACUACAUCGGCGAAAGCCACAAAGUAGUUUUAGUCGUUAUAUUUGUAGUUAUUCACGCACAGCUAUCACACAUACAGGAAAACGUCAUAAAAUCAGCAAUUUGAGUAAAUCAGUACACUUACUAAAUUUUUUUUAUGAGAUCGGAUAUACAUUUAAAGAAAUCGACCUAUCUUAACUUUCCAUCAUGUAGUUGUCAGACACUUCAGUUGAUGGGUGAAAAGAAUACUUCAAUGGAGUUACACCACGAGCUGGGGAAAUAUUACUGGGCUGAGCUGAUAAAUUCUCAAAGAAGGCAUACAAUAGUUCAAAGGGAUCUCAAUGUCAUGGCAGCCGGUUGUAUGUACUGGAUUGACCCUGUAAAGUUCUUCAUUGGCAGCGCUGCCGCCUCAAUGUACCACACACUGCUGAAACAUGUAACGACCCUCCUCAUGGAUCUGUCCCUUUGAGAAGUGGCUUCCUUCUAGCCCCCGGCCCUGCUUAGGCUUGCGAGAGUUCUGUUCCUUCAGAGACACAUUUCGGACCACAAUACAUAAAAGAAAUAGAGUUAGGUAGCUCUUAUAUUUGAUAGAGUAAGUGUAGGAUGUAUCUGUUAGUGUCCAGAGAAUAAAGCUAUAAAUCAGAAAAAGAGAAAUUUUCAUAACUGAUGGGAGCCGGCAUAGGUGACUGUUCGCCGCUCACAAUUCUAUAACCACCAGGGAACGGUUUGAAUGCCAUUUUCAUUGCAUAUGAAUCCAUUUCAUUGCCUAUGAAUGCAGCGUUCAACACUAUUCA